AUGCCCGCCUACGAACUGCGAUCUGGGGGUGAUGUCAAGAACAAGAAGCAGAGUGUUGCCGACUUGAAGUACCGUCGAUUGACUGAGCUGAAUGCUCGUCUGAAGGAGGAUCUGGACCGUCCCCGGGUCAAGGUCUCCGAGGCGGCGCUCUCCCUUAUCUCUUACUGCAACAAUACUCGCGACUUCAUGGUGCCCUCCGUAUGGGGUCAGGUCGACAAGCGCGAAGAUCCUUACGCUCCUCAGCAGCAAGGAAACGGCUGCUGCACCGUUAUGUAA